AAAACUCGUUUGACGUAAUGUCAAAAUUUAAAUCAAUUUGUUUGUUUUCUUUAAUGUUUUUGGUGUUUACAGUGAUGAAAAUUAAAUUGAUCGACUCGUAAGAAGUAAAUUUUAUUUACUUCCUAAUCCAUAUACGAUGUUAUCUUUAUCACAUAUAUGAUAAUUUUCAGAACCCCUAAAUACUAAUAAAAAUGGCCAAGCACAAAAAUCUUCAAAAAGAACAAAAGUCAAUAAGUAAAUGGAUUUACGGUUUAGGAUUAUUAAGAAUUUUUUUGGUUUUGGUGCCACAGACUGGCUAUGUGCAUCCUGAUGAGUACUUCCAAUCCUUAGAAGUUUUAGCAGGAAAAGUGUUUGAUGUCGAAUACAGUCCUCCGUGGGAAUUUAACACUACUCAGCCCAUUCGGGGCAUAACAAUACCCUAUUUCACCACAGGACUGAGCUACAUCUUUCUCAGGGACAUAAGAAAUCUAGCAUUAGAAUAUUUAUCUGUAAAUGUAGUUACUCCCUAUUUUCUGUUGGUUGUGCCCAGACUGCUUGUAACAGUGUUUUCAUUUAUCGUUGAUUACUGUUUAAUGAAAAUCUGCAUAAAUAACAAUGAAAAAUUCGAAUCUCGUUUAAUAAUCUUGGGAACGUCCUAUAUUAUGCUUUUGUAUGGUACGAGAACCUUUUCAAAUACCACUGAGCUGAUCUUAUUUUCUGUCUUAUUAUAUUUUGUUUGUGAGAGUCAAACGUUUUCAAAUGAACUACUUCGUAAAGAAGAAUAUAUUAAGUAUAGAUAUGAUAAAAGUAAUUCUAUUGUAGAGAAAGCGAAAUUCCAUAAACUUAAAUUGUACCUAGUACCAGAUAAUUAUAGAAACUGCGUAAUAAUUGCAAAUAUAACCAUAUUUGGAGCAUUUAAUAGACCAACUUUUUUAAUAUAUGCGGUAAUGCCAGUUUUCUUUUGGAUAUAUCGUGGGACAGCCCACAAAAGAGUAUCUGUAAUACAAUUUCACACUAGAAUUCUAUUUCUAGCGAUUUGCAGCAUUCCUUCUAUAAUUUUUAAUAUAAUUAUAGAUUCCUUUUUUUAUGGGUACUUAACGUGGGGUGAAAUCGGCAUGCUUGAAGUUUCAAUGGACAAUUUUGUGGUCACCCCCCUUAAUUUUAUAAGAUAUAAUUCACAAACAUCAAAUUUGGCAAGACAUGGGCUACAUCCAAGGUUUUUACAUUUAUUGGUAAAUAUUCCUUUGCUUUUUAAUAUCAUAGGAGUUAUUGCACUGUUUACUUUAUUAAAAUACAUAUAUUGGAUCUGUCAAAAAAAAUUUCAAAUGCUGCCAUCAAUACGAAGCAUAAAACUUCUUAUGACAACAUCUUUUAUAGUCCCAGUUUUCAUACUAUCAAUAUUUCCGCAUCAAGAAUCGAGAUUUUUGAUCCCGAUUUUACUUCCUUUGGUUUACUUACAUAGUGAAAGUAUUUUACCGGAGCCAGACAAUAUCUUGGUGCAGGUGCCUAGAGGAUCAAUCGAGGAAAAGCGCAAACAUACCGUUGUUAAAAAAACUUCUAAAGCGUUUAAGAUGUAUUUGUUUUUCAACUUUAUAUUAUUGGGCGUUCUCGGGUUCCUGCAUCAAGGCGGCGUAUACGAAGCGCUAAACUACUUACAUAAAGAUAUGAAAUUCGCAUCAAGAAAUACCGAAUUUCAUAUACUAACUAGUUAUAUGUACUCGAUGCCACAUUCAUUUUUGUUGCAAAAGUCUCCGGACAAAGUGUUUUCUAACAAUAAAGUAAAAUAUGCGGUAAAGAAGAGAGUUUUUCUGUAUGAAAUGGGAUUUCAAGAGUUUGACCCUGUGGUUGAAGAAUUAAAAACUAUAAUUACAGCCAAAGAAAUAUUGGAGAGGAACAUAAAUCAUAAAACAAAUUAUAAAAUUUAUAUAUUUAUACCUUACUCAAAAAUCCAGGAAGCUUUUACAGCUUUUUUUAAACAUCGGAUAGAUGCAAGGCUUAUUGACAAGCUUUGGCCGCAUUUUACCACAGAGAGCAUUCCUGAUUUAGCUCACGCUUUCUUUUACCCCAGCCAGCUCGAUCAAGCAGCUGGAUUUGACUAUUUAACGAAACUGUGUGAGGUGUUUGAACUUUAUUUGUAUGAAUUAAGCUUUAAUAAUCAUACUAAAAUAUUAAUUAAGGAGAGAUUUUUAGAGUAUUAGUAAGUUAUAAGGGUCUGUCUGGUCAAUUCAGGUCUUGGGUGCGGAAAUUAAUGUAUUAACUUGUAAGAACAAGUCCAAGUUUAAAUGAGGACGAUAGUGUUUGCCCUACUUUCUUUCUAAUAACUAAAGUUUGACCCCAAUUAAAAGUAUUUUGUGCGAGUUUUGUCAAAAAUACAUUUUUCCUUUCAUCAGGCCGCGUAAAGGUGGCCACAGACUGGUGUAUAUAUGUGUCAUACACGAAUGUUAAUACAUGUACCGUCAAUGCGGGUGACUUGAUAACAAUUUUGACAUGUUCAUCCCUCUACGAGACAGAAUAAAAAAUUAUUGGUUUGCAAAAAAAUAUGGAAAACUUGCACAUAAGUUUGGGGAAUAUAUACAUCGGAAAAAAACUUUUAAAUUUCGUUUAGUUUAAAAAAAAAAAAAUAAUAAUAAACCGAAAAUUUUAAGUCACCCGCAAUACGGGUGUCUUGAAAAAUGGGAUUUAAAGUUGUUUAAAAUGAAAGUCACCCGCUCUAAAGGGUGUAUCGAAACAAAAUUAGUUAAUUAAAAUUAAUUUCUUUGGUUGUACCAAUUAUAAAACAUUAUUUUAUAUAAAAAAUAUAAACUAAAUAUAGCUUAAACACUAUUCUAAUUUAACAUUGUUUAAAAAAAAAAAAUUUAGUGCUUAACUCUUUAGGACGCUCAAACUUCCUGAUCACAUGCUCCAUAGUAAUGUCACUAAUAUCUGGCUUAAGGGGAAAAACAAAGGCAUCUUUGAUUUUUUUCAGAAGGCCUAAGAAAUGAGCAAUGUAUAAAUCUUUGGUCUACUUCCAUUACUUUUGCCAGAUAUCUUUGUUGCUUUUUCUUUAAUGUAUAGUAAACUCUACCAAGAUGAAGUCCCCUUCUACCAAGUUGUCUAGAGCGAUUUGCGCUUUCUCGACUUUUUGUAAGUUUUCCGAGUUAAUGUAAUUUUUUUCUUGCACUGGGUUUACAAAGCAGGGCAGCUCAAUAUCUUCAAGUUCCUCUGAUCCUUUAUUUGACAAUAUAUCUUCUUCUGGCUCGAUUAUAGUUUCUUUUUCCGAUUCCGAAGAACUUGAAAUCUUUUGAUCUGUAACGCUUUCUCCGGGCGCCACUACCAAUUUCUUACGGUUGAUUUGUUUGACUCGCGGUUCUUUAAAUCUGGAUUCCUUAAAAAGAGAUGUAACUGACUCUGCAACUAAUGAUGUAACACCAUUAUUGGCGUCAGUCUCAUUGUCGUCUGGGACUUUAACAAGGACCUUUUCUCGGUUAAGCGGAUAUAAACCUGUAGCCUCAAAUCCAGAUUUGAUAUUUUUUACCAACUGUGAGAGCAAUCGAUUUGAUUGUCCUGUUCAGAACUCGGGGAAAAUGAUCUUUCUGUAGCACACCUGGAUUUGACAUUUUCCAUUUUUUUAGCUGCUCUCGCCAGGCAUCUUGUUUGGUCUGAAACAGGACACGUCAAGGGGUUGUGUCAAAUGGGUACUGUUUGCUGGUAAGAAAAUGAAUCUAAUAUUUUCUUCCUUGCAUUUUUUUAUUACAGCCUCUGACAAAUGACUUGCUAGAUUGUCCCCAAUGAUAGCUUUUGGGCAAUCUAGACGUCUAUAAUAAGGAACAAUGAUCUUGAAGAACCAAUCCUCAAACAAACUUUGAUCGAACCACCCAGACUUGCUGCGGUUGUAAAUACAACCUUCAGGACCACUUUGAGUCCAAGUGGACCACAAAUUUUCAGAUUUGUAGACAACGUAUUGAGUUAACAAAAGUCCAGCCGCUGUUACAGAGAACAUGACUGAGUGGGCAGACUUGGUGGAAUCACAAACUUUCUCUGCGUGCUUCAUGGUUCUUCGUAUAACAACUUUAGGCCUUCCGGGAUCAUCAACAAAAUUUGUUUCGUCAUAGUUUAUUAAAUUCUCUGGUGGUACGUCUUUGAGAGAAACUCCCAAUUUAUCAAAAUAUUCAUAUAAAACUUUUCCUGAGACACCUGCCCUAGAUCUUUUUAUAUUUUCAGCCAAACGCACCUUUAAUACAUCUUUAUGCCUUGUAAGAAAGUCCGUGCACCAAUCUUUUCCAGGUAUGUUAUUAGAAAACUUGGUCACCUGUUUGCCGGCUCGAUCCAAGUAGUUUUUAACUAAUAAUUUUAUAUCCUCCUUCUUAUAUGGAUAGUCCCAUACUGCCGCCGUAACAACAGCUGCUACAAUGGCAUUUUCUUCUCUUUUACUUAAAACAGGUUGUCCUCCAAACUUUUUCUUUCUUUAUUCUUAAUCUUCCUCCAUAGGGUCACCAAAGGAAUGUUAUAUAUUUGAGAAGCCUCGGAAUAGGACAUCCCAUCUCUAAUUGCGGCUAGAGCACUUUCUAGGUUGUCAAUUGUAUAAUUCACAUAUCGCCGUCCGCCAAUUUUGUUCUUAUAUUUCUGUGGCAUGAUUUUUCAAGUCACCCUAAACAUAUAACCAAAAGUUAAACAAAUUUAAAAAAAAAGUGAAACAAUUUUUUAAAGCAAAACUGUGAUGACCACUUCAAAAAAAACUAUUUUUUCCAUCUAAUAUUAAAAAUUCAUACCUUUGUCUGAAUUCCAACUAUGGCUCAGAAGUAAAAGUUCUAGAAGUUUACAAAAUCAACAAUUUUAAUUAGAUACUUUGACCUACGGCUCGGCACACUAAUUCAGAAUGGCGCGACAAGUUUUAGCCUAAAAGUAAACAAAGGUCAAAUGCGCGGUCAAAUGCGGUACCAAGGUCAAAUGCGCGGCAGUUCUUAUGUGCAUUUAGGUAAUAACUUAAAUAUCCGUCCGACCGCGUAAAUUUUUUCACUUCACCCUCUGAUUAUAAGUCACCCACUUUGACGGUAUGUCAUAUAUGUACGGCGUUGCACUGUUGUCCCUAGACAAUGUUACUUGGGUGUAGUAAACAAGUAGUUUCAUUGUAAACGAUGAGUGAUGAAGACGAGUUCAUGUUUUUAUCAGUUAAAAAACAGCAUCAAGCACGUACCAAGUGGGCGAAGCAAUGGCUUUUAAAGCGACAAGAUUUUAUACAUAUAAAUUUACUGGAAGAAUUACGCCUACAACCUGAUGUUUGGAGAAACUAUCUGAAGAUGGAUGAAGCUAGCUACGUGAUGUUGCUUAAGUAAGUUAUUAAGUAAGCGUUACUUAGUAACGCUGCUGAUUGAGAAGGAGGACACAAUGCUGAGGUCUGCUAUAUUACCUCAUGAACGAUUAACUGCCACACUCUGCUAUCUAGCUACUAGGAGGAAUUUCGAAGAUUUAAAGUUUUCAACAAUAGUUUCUCCUGAGUCGUUAGGCAAAAUAAUUCCAGCGGCCUGCUAUGCCAUAUUUCAAGUUUUAAGAAACUAUAUGACUAUAUGAAGGUAAGAAAAUAAAUAUAAUUUAAAUUUAUGUUUUACAAAAUUAAAUAGAAUAUUCCUUUAGUCGUGUCAUCACGGUCAACGGAACAGAACUCGUAUUUUAAGAUAAGUACUUAAAUUGGAUUAAUUAAUGCAGAUGUUUGGUUUCUAAAAUCUUGCAAACGUCUUUCAGUUUUUCUAAAGUUUAUUGAUGUAUCUUUGGCAAGUAAAUCUCAAUUUGCCAAAAAGGCUGAAGUUUUUGCUAAGCAAAAAUGGCUAGAUUCAGAAAUCAAACAUUUAUAUAGUAAACAUAGAAGCAUACAUACGAGUACUUUUUAAAAAAUUUACUUUUAGACAAACUGAUUUAGAGUAUCAAGCAUGGGGCAAUUUUCAAAGAAAUAUGUUUGAGGUUAUUAACCACAAAUUUAUUAGCAAAUUUUCUUCACUAAACAAAAAACUAAAAAAGUUAGUCAGUGCGAAGGAUAAACCACAAAAGGAAAAACUCAUUAAUAUCGUUGAAAAUCAAUCCUCUCAGUCAUUUAACCCGUUUUUUCCCAAGUUUAAAUAAAUUAAAAUUACCUGUUAUGCCCGAGUUUUGCAAAAAACUUUUGAAAAUUAUAUUUUUAGAAAAAAAUCAAAUUAACUAAUUAUAUUUUUCUGUGGAAAUUUGUUUUUUUGUUUCUAAAUACUUUUUUUUUCUUAAAUUGAUGUUCCAUUUUUGGAAAACUGGGAACACAUGGGUGCAUUAAAACCAACUUUAAUCUUUAAGAACAAAAGUCAAGUUUAAUUUAAAAAAUCAUAAAAUAAUUAUUAAGUGGACACAUGAUAGUCUUUAAAACAAACCUCAUGUAAAUUGUGGUUACAUUUCUCACACAUCUUAGUCGAGUUUUUGUGACAUAGUGCGCACCUAUUCUGUUUUGUGGCUGGAAUAAUCCAAUGAUUCAAACCAUCGUACCUAAUUUCAUUAUGGUUUCGAGCCUCUAACGGCUUUGAUGUUUUAGGGCGCCGGGCACGAGUCCAAGCGAAAUGCGAAAAGACUCCACCAGGAUUUCUUGGAACGAACCCCAAUUCUAUAGUUGUGUAUAUUUUGAUCCAUUACAUCCGGUCCACUCCACCCAUAUAUUUAUUGUAUUGCCCGACUACAAAAGGCUGAGGAACCAGGCAUUUUUUUCUCACUGGAAAUCCACCGACUAACGUGACCAACAGGAUUCACCGCAUCGCAACUACUUACAAUUAGAACAGGACGGUUAUCAUUCCAUAAGGUAACUGUUAUUUGAGAAUUAGCGUCUGUAGAAUAAUCAAAGCUGCCUCUUGUACCCUUUUUUUCUUGCAUUUUAUUGCGCAAAGGACAAUUCUCUAAUCUAUUCCCGUUGACUGUACCUGAAUAUCCUACUCCGAUCUUCUGGAGCGAAUUGACUAAUUUUAGGGAGGAAAAAUAUCUGUCGCCAUAAAUUUUAAAUGGGACAUUUUUUGGGAGAUUCUCCAAAAGGGUCAUCACUACAGAUCCUCCUAAUCCUAGGUCCAUGUAGCGCCUAUUUGCUUGUUUACCUUGAUAGGGAUUAAAUUGUAUUAGGUACCCAGAUUUUUCACACAAGGACCAUAUUUUAUAGCCGUAUCUAAUAGGUUUACCUUUUAUGUACUGCUUCGCUCCAUGCCUUCCGAAAUAUGGUACCAUACUUUCAUCAAUAGACAGUUUUUCGUUAAGCGGAGCAUAAGACAAAAAUCGCUCAUUCAUCAUGUUGAAAAGUGGUUGCAACUUCGCAAAUUUAUUGUCUUGUUCUAAAUCAUUAUUAUCAGCACAAUGCGCAAAUUUUUUUAACAAUUCAAACCGAUUUUUUUGCAUUGCGUUUGCUACUAAUGGAUUGUAUGUAUCAGUAUCCACCUCCCAAAGCAUACGCCAUCUUGGAACUUGUAAAUGCCCGGAUAAAUAUAAAAUACCAAUAAAGCAUUUUAGUUCUCCUUCAUCAGUACUAAAAUUAUGAUUGCCUUUUUGUCUAAGAGAACAAAUUAAACAUUUCUACUGAAUAAUUACAUAUUUCCAUAUCAAAAAAUGAUUCAAAGCACGCAAAGCAUGUGGAAAUAUGUCGACAUUUGCGCCAGGCUCUUUCGGAGAAACAAAUUGUGGGAAGGAGUUAUUCAAUUUCACUUUUUUUCAGCUUCUUUCUAAAUUUGUUCUGUUUAUAUUAGCUUGGGUUACCAAGCGAGCUAAAGGUAUAUUAUCACUAUCGUCGCUUGCAUUAUCAUCAGAUAAUUCAGGAGUUAUCGUUUAGGAUAGAAUGGCCUGAGGUUCCUAGUUGCGAAUCGAUUGCGAAGAUUUCCUCAAUAUUUUUUUAUCCUGAUCAUUAUUUCCAAUGUAAACUACUCCAUUAAUGUUCUUUAUUUUAGCACAAGCUUCUGACUGCAUUUGACGACCACUAAGGUGAUUUACAUUAGCUGAAGGAACUUCAUCAUCAUCAGAAUCCUCUUCAGAAUCCCUUCCAUCGUUUGGAGUUGUGAUAAAAACAUCUGCAGCCCAAAACUGCUCAUCUUCAACUAAAUCAAUUAGUUCUUGGGUCGUGUAAUACCUACAAUAAAAAUAAAAAAUUAUGUCUCCGUUUGUUCCCAGUGUUCCAAUAUAGGAACAACCUAAAAUGAUCAAAUCAUUUAGUAACUUUCAAUAAUAUUCGUAUUGGGUAUAUAAAAUAUCUUGAAUUACAUCACUUAUAAUAAAUUCUUUGCAGUAGAACAAUUUAAUUAUCAAAACUAUAAAAAUUAUACUUACUUUUUUAACGCAAUAUUGUAAACAUAAAAAAAAAUCAGUAAUUAACACACUAAAUGCGGAAAAUUUUCAAAAACGCACAUCAAACCUUCUCUUAUGCUAGCCAGAACGACACUAACACGACCGCGCGACGGAAAGAUAGUUAAGAGCACGCUUCUCAGAAAAGAGAGGGGGACAACGUGGUCAUUCCGAUUUUGGAACACCGGGACAAUAAUGACAUUUCCAAUAUCGGAACUCUGAGAAAAAACGGGUUAAUGAGAAAGAACUUGAUGUUCUCAAUAAGGGUUUACAUUUUGCACCAGUUUGAAAUUGCAAAAACAACCUAAAGGAGAUUGUAGUAAGUGUUGAAUCAUCAAUUCAGUACUUGCCAGAACCUUCGAAAGGUUUUGCUAGAAAAACGAUUCGCAACCAAAUUACAAAGAAUCUUACCAAAUCAAAAAAACACAUCGGGUUCUAAUAUUGUUUAACGACUAAGAGAAAAAGAUUGUUUCUAUUUAAAAGCUGACAAGGGAAACAAAGUUGUUAUUUUAAACAAACCAAAAUAUUUUUAAUGAGUUGAUGAUCUUAUUGAAUAUGGCCCAUAUAAAAAAAUUUCUAAAAAGCCCUUUAUCAAAAAUGAUUUCGCAGGUUAAGACAGCGUUAACUGACUGCAAAAACCUUGUUUUCUCUUCAGAAAAAUGCAAGUUACAACUUUCGAACCCAACAAUUCUAAAAUUAUAUUGUUUACCAAAGAUUCAUAAACCUGGCAAUAAAACGAGACCAAUUGUCUCCACUAUAGGAUCUCCAACUUUUUAAAGUUUUUAGUAAAGCAGUUUGAGAUAUUAAAAUUACCUUAUUAAUGUUUUUCAGUCAAAAACAGCCAACAGUUUAUUUCAAAAGUCAAUAAUUGAAUUCUAAAUGAAAAUAAAAUUCUUGUUUCUUUCGAUGUAUCUUCUUUGUUCCCAGGCACUCCUAUACCAGAAACUUUGGAAUAUCUGAUUGAACGUCUGGAAAGUAAUGGUUUCGGUAAUAUCCAAGAAAUAAUUAAAUUAACAAAACUUUGUAUGUCACAAAAUAUUUUUCAAUAUAACAACUCAUACAAUAAAUAAGUGGAAGGUACAGCUAUGGGUAAUUGCUUCUCUCCCUUCCUAGCAAAGAUUUUAAUGGACCAUUUUGAGUUAAAUGCAAAAAAUACAUUCCAUUGCUUCCCACAAGUUUGGUUAAGAUAUGUUGAUGAUGUGUUUGCUGUGUUCGACAAAAGCAAAUGCAACAUUGAUCAUUUUGUAGAACAACAUAAAUAACUGUUUUCCAUCUAUUAAAUUUACCUUCGAACAAGAAACAAAUAACCAACUUCCAUUCUUAGAUACUCAUGUCAUCAAAAAUAAUAAUAAGUUAGAAUUUGAUAUUUGUAGAAAAGAAACAAAUACUUUUAGAUACAUAACUAGUGACUCUAACCAUUGUUUUCAACAUAAAAUGGCUAGCAUGCAUUUCUUGGUACAUCGUUUGGUCUCAUUUCCUUUAAGUAAUAGCAGAUUUGAUAAAGAAAAAGCAAAAAUUAAAAUCAUUUCUAGGGUCAAUGGUUAUUACGAUAAGAUUAUUGAUAAGCUGAUUAGAAGACAUCUUAAAGUUCUUUUUAAAUCUUAAAAACUAUACCAAAUUUCAAAAAGAUGAAAAUAAGCAAACUUUUGUUGCAAUACCAUAUGAUCCUAUCUUGACGAGAGGCUUUGAUAGGGUUUUCAAAGACUUAGGUCUAAGAAUGGUCUAUCAAAGUUACGAAAUCUUUUAGAAAACCCAAAAGAUAAAGUAAAGACUGUAUAAAUUGAUUGUAAUAAAAAGUAUAUAGGACAAACCAGAAGAUCAAUCAAUGUUAGAUUUAAAGAACAUGUAGCUUAUGUGAAAUAUGACGGAGUUGAAAAGUGAAGUGUGGCUGAACAUGUUUUGAACACUGGUCACUUUGUAGGAAUAGACAACUUAAAAUUACUUAAACCAGUUAAUAACAAUAGAAAACUAGAUGCAUACGAAAGUUUAGCAAUAUUAAAAAUAAAAAAACAUUCUUAGCAGGGAUAAAGGUCCAAUCCCUUAUAGUCAAUUAUAUAGUUUAGUUAGUGUUUUAAGAUUCCACUCUAUUAGUUACAUCAUUAGUAUAUAAGGAGAUUUGUAAGUAGUUUUAGUUUAGUUUUAAUCUUCUCCCGAAGAUGCUAACAUCGUUAGCGAAACACGUGUCGAGAUUUAAAUAAAGAGUUUUGGUUAGUGGUAAAACUGUCUCGUAAUUUGAGUAUAUUCCGUGAAGAAAAAACAAAAUAAAUCAAUAAAGUAUUUUCCUGCCUAUUAUAUUAUAGAUGAGUAUGGUCACAAACAGAUUGUCAAUAUAAAGAACCUUCUACAUGACUGAUUAGUCCUCUUUAUUUGGUUGAUAAUUUCCAAAAAAUGAUUUAAUUAUAUUUUCUAAAUGGGGCUGAGAUAAAACUUGUGCUGAAGUUGUAUUGUUAUUUGAUUGUCAAAUAUUUAAACUAGGUUGCAUUUCACGCAGUGAAGGUCCAUAAUGAAUAAGUUAUGGAAUGUGGUAACUGGUAUUUAUCUUGCACGUAAGUAUGGCAUUGAUUGGAUUGAUUAAUAACGGAAUUCCUGUUACUUGUGGUAGCUAACUGGGAAUAAAUUUGAUUUCUUGAGCCAUCAGUUGCCGAUUUAAUAAUCCUGGUAUAUUUAUCAAUAUUGUCCAUUUCAGCUUUAAACAAUAAAUCGUUUAUAAGCUUUUCUGUAUAAAGCCUAGUUUCUUUUGAUAACGUUCUUAAUUUUGCUCCAACAUUUUUUCCAAAAAUAUUACAUGGAUUAUCCAUAUUAGUUGCACUAGUACGUAGCCUAUUUCCAACCAUAGUUAUUACGACAUCCUCUUUCUGAUCACUUUUCCCUUUUUAUUGUUUACGUGAACUUUUACUGGCAGUUGAUGUAGGUGUAAAGUCUCUAUCAUGUAUUGUUGUGCGAGAAGUUGUAGAUGCAUGCGAUAUUGGCCUUGGAGAUGAAGUUUGAUUUGACUCAUCAUCGUCUUGAGUUUCCUGCAAUCGUAAUAAUAGUGGUUGUUUUUUUUCAGUUUCCUUCGACAGGGCAUGAAUGGUUACAAAUUGCAAGUGACUUUGAAAAAAAAUGUAAUCUUGUUAGUUGUACAGGAGUAGUUGAUGGAAAACACGUGAAUAUUAUUCCGCCUGCUGGAAGUGGGUCAUAUUUUUAUAACUAUAAGGGGGCGCAUAGCUUAGUAUUACUGGCAGUAGUCAAUGCUAAUUUGGAAUUUAUUAUGUGUGAUAAUAAAUUCGGAAAUAAAUGGUCUCAUAUCUGAUAAAGGAGUUAUUGAAUACAACCGUUUCUAUAACAAACUUAAAAAUGGCCAGUUGCGUUUACCGCCACCAACGAAACCACGAAAUAGUAAUACAUUGCUGCCUUUUGUUUUUAUUGCGGAUAAAGCGUUUACACUUCGCUCGGACUUUUAAAAACCAUUCAGUCAAAAAGAAGUAAAUAACGAAAAAAACAAUUUUAACUAUCGACUAUCGCGAGCAAGAUGUAAGGUGGAAAAUGCUUUUGGAAUUUUAUCAGAUCGAUUUAGAAUUUUUCACACAAAGAUUUCUGUUAACUUAGAUGCAAUUGACAAAAUAGUUAUGGCAACCUGUACAAUACAUUUGUACUGUACAAUUUUUUAAGGCGGUGAUAUGCUACGGUAUAUUCGCCAGAAUGUAAUUUGUACAAAGAAAAUAUUGACUAUAGGUCUAUUGAAUUGGACAUACAAUCAACUCAUAUGAAUGAUUUACGACAGGGCCAUAACCGAUGUCCAUACAAUGAAGCAAAAAAUGUAAGGGAGCUGUUUAUGAAUUACUUUAAUAAUGAAGGUGCCCUAGAAUGUAAACAACAAAUUUUUUUUUGAAAACAAUUUUAUAUUACUCAAUAAUAUACAUAUUAUUCUAUUUAUAAUAAGUCUCUAAACAGUGCUUGUAGCUCUGGCCUCGAGAUUAAUACAAAAAUUCACAUAUGAAACUAGUGUACACAAUAAUCAUAGGUAGGUUAUAUUAAUUAAUUAUAAUUUAAAGUAAAUUAUAAAUAAGGUAUCUCAUUACAUAACUAAUUUAUACUAAUUUUACAACUUGACUGAUUAAAUAGAAAAAUAUUCGUUGAGUUUUGUAACAAAUGUUUUAAAUAUUUGAAUAUUUCUUAAAUCAUUAGGUAGCCUAUUAAAUGCUUUAGAUGCAGAAUACAUUGGGCUAUUCAUUCCAAUCAUUGUUCUAUUGUAACUAAUAUAUAAAUUUAAUUGACCUCUGGUAUUGCGUCUAUGAACGUCGUUUGAGAAUGUAAAAUUUAUAUUGCAUUUAAUUUUUUUGUUUAUAAUUUUAUAUAUGAGUUUACAUUUUUCGAACUCCAUUAACUGAUUCAAUUUAAAAACUUUAAGCUCCCUAUAUAGAAAAUCUGUAUUUGUAAGUAUAUUAUAUUGAAACAAUAUUUUAAGGACCUUAUUUUGUAAAAUUUGGAUAUUGUCAAAUUUUGUUUUAGAACAUGUUCCCCAUAUAGGCAUCAAAUAUCUAAAGUGGGACAAAAAGAAAGCAUUAUAGAUAUUCAUUUUUGUAUUAUUUGUUAGGUAGCUUCGGCUUUUAUAUAUACAGGGUAUCAUAGAAUUUAUUUUGGAUGUAAUUUUGUUUAUGUGAGUUUGCCAAGUCAAUGCUUGAUCAAUAUUUAAACCAAGAUAUUUAAUGGAGGCAACUUUCUCUAGGCUAAUUCCAUUUAUGUUUAGUUGAAUAUUAUUUACUUGUUUGUUUUUUUGUUUAAACAGCAUAUAUUUGGUUUUGUCGACAUUUAUUUUUAACCUGUUGUAAACUAGCCAUUUAAAGUACAAGCUCAGAUCAGCAUUGAUAAAUUGCGCUAACUCCUCUUCAUUUUCACCUUCAUAUACAAGGGCCGUAUCAUCUGCAAAAGUAAAAUAUCGAGCACGUAACCUGGCAAAUUUUAGACUUAAUACGUAUAAAAGAUAUAAUAAGGGUCCCAAUACAGAGCCUUGAGGCACUCCAUAUUUAUUCGAAAACAAUUCACUAGCUACUCCCUCCCAGUAAACAUAUUGACUUCUAUCUUGUAAGUAGGUUUGAAUCAGUUUCAAAAAGAGUUUUCCAAAUCCCAUUAGCCUAAGCUUUUUUAAUAAAAUAUCAAAACUUACUACAUCAAAGGCUUUCUGUAAAUCAAUGAAUACCACAACUACAAUUUUUUUGCUAUCUAGGGACUUUGAAAUACAACUAAUAAAGUCAAAUGUUGCCGAAAGAGUACUGCUAUUUUGAAUAAAACCAUACUGAUGACUAUCCAGCAAUGUUUUUUUUUUUAUGUACAAAAGACAUUACUCUUUUUUUAAUAAUUUUUUCUAUUAUUUUUGAUAAAGUAUUAACAACAGUAAUGGGUCUAUAGUUAUUCAUUUGAUCCUUAUCGCCAGAUUUAAAUAUGGGAGUAAUUUUAUUUUUUUUUAAUUCAUUGGGAUACACACCAGUGUUAAAGACAUUAUUUAUUAGUUUCGCUAAUAUAUUUAUAACAUAAUCUUUUAAAUUAAUUAUGUCCAACACUGUUAUGCCAUCCUCGCCUGGAGAACAAUUCCGCCUUAAUCCCAUGAUGAUUUCACAAACCUCAUCACAAUUUGUUGGUGAAACAUUCAACAUACUAUCACAGUUAACUUCAUCAAAUAUAUUUUCGUCAUCAAUAUGUUGAGUCUGGUUUACAAGUUUAUUAACAAUACUCUCUCCGACUUGGGAAAAAUGUUUGUUUAAACAAUUAACAAUAUCUUUUUUUUCUUUUAUAAUUGUUCCAUUUAAGGUAAGAGAAUUUAUUUGAGUAGUGUUUGAUUUAUUUUUAAAAAACUUGUUUAUAAAUUGCCACUGUUUUUUUUGACUGCCGCCUGCAUGUUCCCAUUCUUUGCGAAAAUACUGAUUUUUUAAUGCUUUUAUUUUAUUUGUUAUUUUGUUUUUAAUUGUACGAAAUUCUUGAUCAUAUAACGCACUACCAGGGUUUUUUAUUUUUCGUUUGUAUAUAAAGUCGCGUUUUUUCAUCAUUUCUAGCACCUCCUCAUUGAUCCAUGUAUUAUUUUCUCUUAUCCUAAGUGAUUUAAUGCGUUGAGCUUCAUUUUUUGAUUUCUGGAUCAAAUCGGUCAGUUCCUGAAAUGAUGAUAUGCUUACAUUUUGAAUAUUUUGUUUAAAUUUAUACACAAAUUUUUUAUAAUCAAUGCUGCUAAUCAUAUAUUUUAUCUUUGGUUUAUAUUCUUUGGUGGCAUAAUUUAUAUAAAAUAACAAUUUCUUAUGAUCAGAAAAAGAACAAGAACUAACAUUUAGGUUUUCGAUUAAAUUCGAGCUGCCCUCUGACAAAACAUGAUCUAUAAUAGUAUGACUUCGCUCUGCAAUGGUGGAUUGAUUAAAAAUUAUUGUAUUAAAACAAAUUUUAUAAGAUUAAAACAGUUUUAAUCUUCUCUCGAAGAUGCUAACGUUGUUAGUGGUAAAACUGUCUCGUAAUUUUAGGAUCACACCAAAGGUUCCAACCAUAGGACUAUUUAGAAAUAUGUUUAAAUGUAAUAAACUAGAAGAUGAAUUUAACUUUUACUUACCUCUCCUUCAUCCUCGUUUCCUUGGUCACUUUUCUGUUCACUUUCCCAAUCAUUAAUAUUGUUGACUGAUGUUCGAGGAACUUCUUGAUCUUUGCGAAACAAAGUAAAUCGUAAUACCAUAUACGCGUCAGUAGAUUUCAUUGAUUCAUGCGCGUCGAUGAAUUCAACUAAAAACAGAAAACUUCUGCGACGCACAUGCAUGUUACAGUUUGCCCACACACUAGCGAGCACGAGCGUGUAUGUCAUACAUGUAUGACAGCCAUAUUCGUCAGUCUGUGGCCACUUUAAGUAAUCGGUGAAGCACUACCGUUUACACUUAGGUAUUUUGGCACCCAAGAAGGACAUUGGCCAAUCGUGUAUAUAUUUUUUUAUUAUGUGAUUGUGAAGAAACCUGCUUUUGCAUCAUUUAGAAGUUUUUAUUGUUAUUUUAAGUAUUUUCAUUAAAGGUUAGAAAAAUGAUCUGA